AUGUUAAGUUCAAAUUUUCGUAACAUUCUAAAAAUUAAAAAGAAUUAUUUAAAUUUAACACAACUACCAAUUAAUAAUAAUAUUAUUGUUGGUGAAGUCAAUAAUAAUAAUAAAUUUUUUAGUAAUAAUAAUAAUAAUAAUAAUAUUAAUAUUAAUAGUAAUAAUAAUACCUUAUUAAAUUUUAAAAAUAAAUAUAAUUUAAUUUCAAAUAAAAAUUAUUUUAAAAAUAAUAAUUUUUUAAAUAAUAGAAAUUAUGGUAAAACAACACCAUUCGGAAAUCCAUCUUUUUCGGAUAUAAUUAAAGAUAGUAAUUUUUUAUUAUUAAAAAAAGAUUAUGAUGAUUAUUUCCAUUUAAUUAAAACAAAUAUUGGUUUAAAAUUAUUUUUAAAGAAUGUUUAUAUUACAACUGCAAUUGCAUUCGCUGGUACAAUUUUAUCAGGUUUAAUAUUUUCCCAAUUGAUGGUCGGUAGUCCGCAAUCGUUGCCAACCGCAUUGGGAUUGGGAGUUGGCGGAUCAAUGUUGUCCUUAAUACUUUGCAAUAUGCAACAACCUACAUAUACAACUUAUGACACCAUUUGGGAUGGUCCAUUGGAUAAUAGUGUAAAGAAACCAAUUUUAAAAAGUGUUGAUAAAAGUGGUAAAAGUGUAAUAGAGUUUGAAGAAUUCAGUAAAUCGGUUAUACCAAUUACAGUUGCCAAUUAUUCAACGUUACAUAAAAUGGCAUUCGUUUCAUUUUGUGUAUUCAAUGGAAUUUCACUAUCACCCGCUUUCGGAUUACUACCAGUAUCUACAGUUUUGGGGGUCGCAGCUUUAAGUGUAUUCGUUACUGGUGGUAGUGCUUUUGCUGCAUUAAAGAUGAAACCUGAUAGUUUAACCAAAUAUAAACCAAUACUCUAUGGUAGCUUGUUUGGUCUUUUCGGAUUGGGUUUGGUUUCAAUUGGUACUUCAAUAAUGAUGGGUGAGAAUACUUUCACCCGUUUCGCUCAAGAGUUUGAUCUCUAUUUUGGUCUUGCUUUAUUCACUGGUUUAACUGCUUUAGAUACUCACAAUGCUGUCAAAACUUUUCAAGAAGGUAAACCAGAUUACAUUAGAGUUUCAAUUGAUCUCUUUUUAGAUAUUUUAAAUAUUUUCGUUAGACUUUUAAGAGCUAGAAGUGAUAGCAAUAAGUAA